AUAAAAUUACAUGGAAUGCUUCUUGACUGAUUUCACUUUUAUCACAACAAAACAUCACCGAGUUUCAAAAAGAAGUAUUAGACGUUGAAAGUUAUAUACUGUAUUGGUCAACAAUACAUGUAUUGAUUGAAUAACAGCUAAUAAAUAAUGUUAUUCUUCACGCAUAUUACGUAGAUCAUCGUGUGUAGCUUAUGAAAUGUUAUGAAAAAUAUCACCGUUUGAAAUAAAUAAAUUGAGAAGAAGUUCUGUAAGAUAAUGGCUUCAAAUAUCAAAAAAGUUGACAAUGUUAGAGUUGAUGCUCUUAAUACUUUUGCUAAAGAAUUCGGUGACGAGGCAACUUGUUGUGUUUGCGCACCCGGGAGAGUGAAUUUAAUUGGAGAACAUACUGAUUACAAUGAAGGAUUCGUUUUACCAAUGGCGCUUCCACUGGUGACUGUUAUCGCAGGAAAGCCAAAUGGAACAAAUAAAUGUGUGAUAAUUUCUACAAAUGAAUCCAUCACCACUGUGAGCAAAAUAGAAUUUGAUGUCAGCAACCGCGAAUCAAUCAAGCCUGGAGAACCAAAAUGGGCAAAUUAUAUGAAAGGUUGCAUGGUCAAUUUUCCAGUUCCUAUCCCUGGAUUCAAUGCUGUGGUUGUAUCAUCAGUGCCAAUGGGGUCAGGAUUAAGCAGUUCGGCAGCAUUAGAAGUUGCAACAUACACUUUUCUUGAAGCACUCACAGGAACUGAAGCAAAAGAUCCAAGAGAUAAAGCUUUAGCUUGUCAGAAAGCUGAGCAUGAUUUCGCUAAUGUACCUUGUGGAAUUAUGGAUCAAUUUAUAUCUGUCAUGGGAAAAGAAGAUCAUGCAUUACUUAUUGAUUGUAGAGAUUUGUCUGUAACUCAUGUCCCUAUGGAUCAAUUUCAUGAUCAUGUCUUUCUUAUUACAAAUUCCAACUCUCCACAUAAAUUGUCUACUAGUGCAUAUCGUGAACGUAGAGAUGCUUGCUUUGAAGCUGCCCAAAAGUUGGGGAAAAAGAGCUUACGAGAUGUGACUCUGGAUGAAGUUGAAACUCUAAAACAGCAAGGUGCUCCACAAAUAAUGUUAAAACGUGUAACUCAUGUUAUCAAUGAAAAUGCUCGAACUUUAGCGGCAACAUCAGCUUUUCAAUCCGGCGAUUAUACAAAAGUCGGUCAGUUAAUGAAUGAAAGUCAUGACUCAUUACGUGAUAAUUACAACGUUUCAUCGCCAGAGUUAGAUGCACUUGUAAAUGCAGCGAGAAAGGUUCAAGGUGUUCGAGGAAGUAGAUUGACUGGUGCUGGUUUUGGCGGAUGUACGAUAACUUUCGUUUUGAAAACUGCUGUUGAUGAAGUUAUCAAGUCUAUCAAUGAAUCUUAUUCCGGAAAAGCGUCAUUUUAUAUCGCUACACCAUCUGGAGGAGCAAGGAAACUCGAUUGUAAACGCUAAUGAUGAUAAAUAAGGGAAUAAAAAAUUAAUUGAGGUCUUCUUAAGCUACUGUAUUUAAUACUGUUGCUCCAUAAACUUAGAAAUAAGUUUACUGUUAAAAACUUAUAUUUAUUCUGGCAUUAUAUGGACGUACUCCUUUGUCUUCAGUACUGUUCUUCCACAGGAAGAAUCUUCAACAUUAUUUUUUUCAUUAGUGCCUGGUGAUAGUGAUGGUUGAAAUUGUUGUUAAAUCUAUUAAAUAAUAAUAUUAUUAGAAUAUUUUUACCUAUUGAAUAAAAAAUAUAAGAGAAUAA